GCCGCCAGAUACAAACGUGCAUCGGGACGCCGACUUCAACAUUUCCCUAGAAAAUUUCCCAAUUUUCGCGCGGGACUCGAGUAAAACUAAAUUCAAGUGCGCAGUGAGGGAUGAUGAUCCAAAGUUGGCUAACGAAAAGCAACCAUCAAAAAUGCGAGAAGGUUAAGUCUUCUCCCAUGAAGAUCACCCCCAGAUAAUGGCAGUGUUGUACCGGAGAAGAGCCAUGGGCGGGCCCAUAUGGGCCAUCCCAUGCCUGUACCUCCUCUGGAGCACAGUGGCGGGCGGCGAGCGGCUGCGGCACCGCCACGACGACGGCGACGACAUCUACGUGGCCCAGCUGGAGGAGGAGAGCUCCAAGACGCCGCCGAUCUCCACGUGCCCCAAUUGCAUCACCGAUCGCGAGGUCAAAGCGGAUAAUCUGAGACUGGAAGCGAUCAAAAGACAAAUUUUGUCCAAAUUGGGCUUGAGGCACAAGCCGAAUGUUACUUAUAGUCUUCCGAGAGAAGUUAUCAUGGAAACCCUGUCGAGAGCCGAGGAUAACAGUGAUUUUUUUAGAAACUUUAAUAGUGAAGAAAAUAUAUCAACGACGAGCGCCAGGACGGCCACGGUGGAGACGAUGGAUUUUGACGAUUUUUACGGACGGACGUCGGAGAUUAUCUCGUUUGCUGAACAAGGGUCCAGGGUAAACCAGAAUAGACUGUUAGAAUUCCGUGUAAGUCCGGAAUCCGGACAAGCGGGCCAGGAAUUCCGGGUUAGGACGGCCACGUUGUGGCUUAAAGCUGACAUCAGACAUCGUCGACCAAGCCAAUGCAGAUCAACGGAAAUUUACGUCUUCAAAAUCAUAUCGCGUCUACCAGAAACAGUCACGAUUAGUUCACAGGACUUUGACCGGCUAGCCUCCGACCCCAUUUCCCUCACCCUCCGCGAGUCGCACUCCGGCUGGCAGAAGCUCGACCUCACCGCCACCGUCCAACAAUGGCUCUCCGACUCCCCCAAAGAGAAACUGCAACUCCUGGUGGACUGCAGCUGCUGUAGCAACUGGCGCAUCCACCUCUUCAACAGCGAGCCUCCCCACCGCAGCAACCCCAACCGGCCCUUCCUCGUGGUCCACACCGACCCCACGUCGGCCAAACGUGUGCGUCGGCGCGCUCUCGACUGCUCCGAGGACUCGGGUAAUCAGUGCUGCAAACAGCGUUUCUACGUCUCCUUCAAGCAGUUAGGUUGGGACGACUGGGUGAUCGCCCCCCAGGGCUACCACGCCAACUACUGUCGCGGCGACUGCGGCUUCCACCGGACGCCCGACACCUACGUCACCUACCACACGCACGUCAUCGAGGAGGUGCGAAAGACUCACCACCUCAGCGGUAUGCAACCUUGUUGCGCGCCGCUUAAGUUCUCUAGUAUGAGUUUAAUCUAUUACGGACCUGAUAUGACGAUCAUCAAGAGGGACUUGCCCAAGAUGGUCGUGGAUGAGUGCGGGUGUCCAUAGACUAGUUCAAACGUUACUGACUUGUGAAAUGUUAUUAAGUUUUCUCGUGUUACCAAUUUAAGCAAAUUCAUUCAAUUUCAAUCAUAAGUAGAGGGUAAGGUAGGUAUGAAAUUUCGGACUGAGCAUGUGCCCAAGAUUUUACAAAAAGACUUCGUAAUGAAUAUACAGGUGACGAGGGGGUGCUAUUUUUUAACACCUGCUUGCGAUUAUUGUGCUUUGGACAAAGGUCGGCCGAAAAAAAAACAUCUUAAAGAUCUCAAAAAAAUUUAUUAUAUGGAAAAAAUUAUUUGGUGUUUUCGAGUGGUUAAUAAACAUUUUCGGGCAACGUUUCAAGUUUAUUUAAAUUUUCUUUAGGCCUAUAAUUUCGUUCAGUUUGUUCCUACCAACAUUAAUCUAAUUUUUUAAUUUAUUUUUACAUGUUCGGGCAUUUAGUUUCGACUGACGAAAUUUAGUGAUUUUUGAGACUAAUGUUGGUAAUGACCAACCUCACAAAUGUACCUUUAGAAAACGCAGUGGAAACAAAUACACAUCUUGUCAAAAUUAAAACAAACAUUUACAAAAGAAACGCCUUAUAAUUAUUAAAAUUAAUAAAGAAUAAAGUGACUGAUAAUUGAUUUUUUCAAUUUCAUUCAAUCAAUUAUUUUAAAGUAUA